AACAAAAAAGUCUCCGCUGCACUGUCCCAUUAAUUUUUACAGAAAUACCAGUACAUGUACUUUUGUUUGAUUUGCCCUGCGCUCGCGAAACGACGCUCUCGCUCGCCGAGAGAUGGAAUAGCGGGGAGUCUCGUAAGUAGCUGUGUAUAUAAUAAUCACCAGAUCUGUUCUCAGAGCAGUUAGAUACUACAUGACAGUAGUCGCUGGUGGCAAGAUCAAACUAUUAGAGAGGAAAAUAGAAGAUAGAGAAGGAAAGUCGAAAGCUGCUUCCACCACGUUGCCGAUCAUGCUAUCUAUGCAGCGUAUUUCUGCGCGCUGCGUCCGUCCUACACGGGUGUCGUCGAUUGCGGCCGGCACGGCUACGCCACGGCGUCACUGCGCCGCCACGAGCACCGGCGGAAGCGGACACCUCGAGUCUCCACAUGCAGCCGGACCGGACGGAAUUGACAUAGAACGGGACAAGUUCGGGCAUCCCCGCUUGCCACAUCGCGGACACUUCGAGGAGGACAAGAGCAACGCACGACGGGAAUGGUGCAGCAAGUUUACCGGCACAACGCUCGACUACAUUGGUGACUGGUGGCCGGUGGAUGGUAAGCGCGACGACAAUGCGUCAACGCAGCUACCCACGACCCUUCUGAAAGGUAACAUUGAGAAUCCUAUUGGUAUGCUGACCAUACCGCUCAGCUCCACAGGCCCACUGCUCGUUAGCGGUGAGCAUAUCAACGGCUCUGUGCUGGUGCCCUACGCCACCACCGAGCCAGGAGUGUCUGCAUCGGCAACGCGUGGCUCCCGGCUGAUCAGCCAGAGUGGCGGUGCGGUGUGCCGGGUGACAAACUACUGCCAGCGCCGUGCGCCCGUCUUCAGCACAAACAGCAUGGUGGAGGCACAGCGCUUGGCCAAGUGGCUGGAGCAGCAGGUACCGCGUAUCAGGGAAGCGCUGCGCGAAGUCAGCGAACACGGCCGGCUGCUGAAGUUGCAGUCGUACACGCUCGGCCGCGAUCUGCACGUGAACUUCUUCUAUUCGACCGGCGAUGCGGCUGGGCAGAACAUGGUGACAUCACUGACAAGCUCGGCUAUGACCUGGAUUAUAACUACUGCUCGGAAAGAGCUUAAGGAUAAGGUUACUAUCAAGCAGCAGAUGAUCGAGACGGGAAUGAGUGGUGACAAGCGCAAUAGCUACAUGAAUCAGAUCAUCGGUCGUGGUAUUGCGGUCCACGCCGAGGUGUUUGUGCCGGAGUCCGUUGUGCAAUCCGUGUUCAAGCUGAGCUCGGGGAGGAUGCAACGCUGCUAUGAAGUGUGUUCCCAGGGAAUCUUACUAUCCGGUGCGCCAGCUGUCAAUAUCGCCACCUCCGACUCCCUGGCUGCUAUCUAUGCUGCCACUGGGCAAGACGUGGCCUGCAUCCCUGAGCACUCGUGUGGCAACUCGCUUUCUCUGCGGUUGGCUAGUGCCGAGGAGAUUCAACUUGCUCGCAAACGGAUCAAGCUCGACGACGAACAAUCCGGUGAUCAGAAAGGCCGACCAGGUCAGCAACACACUGUGGAGGAUGGUGAAGGUGGCUUGUAUGCCAGUAUGUCCAUACCCAACCUUUCCAUUGGCACCGUGGGAGGUGGAACUAUGCUGCCCACGCAGAAGGAAUGCUUGUCGAUGAUAGGUUGCUCCGGAUCGGGUGGUGUACUGCGGUUUGCCGAAAUCAUCGCCGCGUCCACACUGGCACUUGACCUCUCAGCCCUGGCCUCACUGGCCAGCGGCCGGCGCAUGUACUCGCUGGAGGGCGAAGCACCGGAGAUGGCUGCUCUGAGAAAGGCUGCCGACUGACGUUGCUCAUCUCGUCUAAAUCAUGGCGGAUCAGCGUUUUUCAAACAGGUGCCCGAGUGACAGAGUAUAUUACUCCGUGCUAUGGUGAAACUGAUCUAUUUUAAUCAAAACGGUCUCAUGUUCUCUGUUGUCAAGUGUACUGCAUUGCUUGUUGCUUUUCUGUAUGGACAUACCUUAGAUUUUAGCCGAUAAACAAGGACGUAUGGUCUCAAAUAAUUUGCUUGGUGGGUAUGACUGGGCAUCCACCGAUUUCCGCUCGUUGCCAAAUGCGCUCGUUGCCAAUAUGUAAAAAGGCGAUAAUUUAUUGAUAGUUGUCUACUGCCUCCAAUCCAGUGCUAUCCCCAGCAUCAAAAUCUGACUGAGCAUUGCUAAUGCACACAGUACAGUCAUGUACAUGUAGGACUCACACUAUUUUUUAAUAUACUCCGGCAUAGUUGGUGCGCCCACACUGCAUAUUAUUAUAAUACUUACACAUUCUCUGUGCUAACACUGCUCAGAUAAACUAGCAAGUUACAGUUAUCAAGUAUUACUGAUAAUUAUGAGUUAAGGUAAUGGUCUACCUGUCCCCUAGCGCAUGACCACUGUUCUAUGCUUCUCUUGUUGUACUGAAUCAGUUUAAUAUUCAGAUACACUGUACAAUCAUGUACUUUGUAGUCGCUGCUGUAGGAUGCUACUCAUGCACAUCAUCUGCCGUGCACCACCAUCCUGAGUCUCAUUUCACAGUCCAUACCUAUACUACAGUCAGCUCUCUGCAAGUGCUGUUUGGAGACUUCCAAAGAACUCU